CUGCUCACUCACCGGCCUAUCUCACGUCAAUCAGAGAAAUCACAAUGCCUGGCGAUAAGGAAGUCAAGAAAGCACGGCUGUGGGGUGGUCGAUUCCGCACGGACACUGACCCCGUCAUGGAGAAGUUCAACGAUUCCCUUAGAUUCGACAGGUGCAUGUGGUCUCAGGACAUCGAAGGGAGCGAGGCAUACGCGAAGGCCCUCCAGAAGACCGGCAUCCUCACCGACAAGGAGACGGAGGAGAUAUGCGAGGGGCUGGACAAGGUCCGCGCGGAGUGGGCCGCGGGGGAGUUCAAGGUCGUGGCGGGAGACGAGGACAUCCACACGGCGAACGAGAGGCGACUGACCGAGGUCGCGGGGGAGGCAGGAAAGAAGCUGCACACCGGCCGCAGUCGUAACGACCAGGUCGUGUUGGACACGCGGCUGUGGCUGCGCGCUCAGGUGAAGCAGGCGACGCAGGACAUGUCUACCCUUAUGCACGUCUGCUGCGAGGCGGCGGAGACUCACAUCGAUGUUCUCAUGGCGGGGUUCACCCACCUGCAGCCGGCCCAGCCCGUGAGGUUUAGCCACUGGCUCAUGUCACACGUUGCCGCUCUCCAGCGAGAUUGCCAGCGCUUGCAAGAUAUGAUCCCUCGCGUGAAUACUCUGGCGUUGGGGUGCGGUGCUCUGGCCGGGCACGCGUUCGGCAUCGACAGGGAGUUUUUGCGGGAAACGAUGGGCUUCGACGGCAUCACCCUCAACAGCAUGGACACCGUGUGCGACCGAGACUUCGUGGCGGAGUAUCUCUGGUGGGCGUCCCUGACGCUGACCCACCUCUCCCAGCUGGCGGAGGACCUGAUCAUCUACAACUACACCAAGGGCGUCUCCCUCUCGGACGCGUACAGCACGGGCAGCAGCCUCAUGCCGCAGAAGAAGAACCCGGACGCGCUAGAGCUUCUUCGGGGCAAGGCCGGCAGGAUCACGGGGCACCUCUCGGGGUUCCUCUCUACCCUAAAGGGUCUCCCACGCACGUACAACAAGGACCUGCAGGAGGAUAAGGAGCCCCUCUUCGACGCGGUCGAGACCGUGCACGACUGCCUCCGCAUCGCCGCCGGGGUGGUGGCCACCAUGACACCCAACGCCGAUAACCUCCGGGCACAGCUCGUGCCCGAGAUGCUGGCGACGGACCUCGCCGACUACCUUGUUCGCAAGGGGGUGCCUUUCCGCGAGACGCACCACAUCUCCGGGGCGGCGGUAAAGAUGUCCGAGGACCGGGGGGUACCUCUGGACUCGCUCACCCCGGCAGACCUCCGCACACUCCACAGCGCCUUCGAGGACGACGUCCAGGACGUCUGGAACUACGAGACCAGCGUGGAACGGAAGAACUCCCCGGGUGGAACUAGCCGCAGCUCCGUGACAGCACAGAUACAGACUGUGCGGGAGUACGUGGCCUCUCUACCGCCUGCUUCGGCUUCUGCAUGAUGGAAUUUCUCACCGCCCUCGGUCGCUUAUUACGGGGUGUUGUUUUUUAUGAGUGCGUCUACACCCUCCUGUUAUUUGUUUUGUUGAUCCGGUUCUUCGGUUGCGGUGCUACUGCUGUAGCCGUUUCGUCUCGGCAGAGAGGGCAGAUGGCCCAGUCCUGUUGCUGUGACCGCUGUACAGCGUCAGCAAAAUGUUGCUGAUGGGAUGGAUGGACGCACGGAUUUAGUGCUUGGUAACCUCUCUUUAGAAGUUUUCUUGCCUUGGCCAGUGCCGGUUGAAAUAGCGCCCAACCACAUGCAGAUGUUUUUUUUUUUUAGUUUGCUGCGUCGUGUAUUUUUACCUUUUGCGAGCGAAGUCGCUCAGUAGUCCGCACGUCACGGGG